UAUAUGUGUAAUCGCUAUAAAUAUUAUGGUAGCGCUUGGCGAAUGUCAAGCGCUCUCGAAUAAACGAGCCGGCGACUGUCGGCCUCUUUCAACACGAACCACCAAGCGAGUAACAUCUCCUUUUACAACAGCUCCGAAACCCUUCAAGUAUUUAUUAUAAUUUAAUUAACCAAUCGUUCCUCCGCGAGUAUCCCGUUCGGUUCCGUCUACCUCAGUCGCUCUUGCCGGUUAUAAUAUUGGCGACGAGGAAAAUCUACGAAAAGUGCGCGUGUGAGAAAAAAAAGUGCUGUUCCCCGGGCGAUUGCCGGAUAGGCAGUGUGCAGUUUUGCCUCCGGGGCAGAGCGCGAUUUAAACAGCAGCGGUACAAAAAGUUUAGACUGGUUGCAGAGCAGGUGGUAGAUAUCGGAACAUUUCCGACUGGGAUUUUCCGGAGAAGCGAUAGCGGCGAUUGCCGGCGGACAGGUUUUCCCCUUUGAAACUUAAGUCCGCGGAAGGGUAUUUACCGGAGCACAAUAAAUUUUCGGGUUUGGUAUUAUUGGAUUGUGGUAAGUUGUGUGGUGAUAUUGUUUCCGUGAUAUUGUUUCUUUUAUUUGAAAUUCAUACGAAUUCAUAUUUAAAUAGUGAGAAAAGUGAUUUUUUUAUUUUGGUAUACAUUGCUCGUGAAAAAGUGCAUUGUGUUGAGUAACAAUUAGACAAAAGGCCGUUUAUCGCAUUAAUGGCGGAUACGCCUUAAAUUGAAACGGUUUUGAUAUAUUUAUUUGGUGAUUUUUUAUUUUUCUUGAUGAUCAAUGGAAGUAUGUUGCUUUUGAUAAAUUGUGCGCAAAUUAUUUAAAACCAAUUGAGAUAUUUAAUUUAAGGUGCUUAUAUGGUACCAUUUUAACAAAUUAUUUUGAAACAUUAAUCCGAAUUAUUUUGGGUUUAUUAUUUUAUAAAAUUUUAAUUAUUGGUUGGUUUUAAUAGCUAUAGAGAUUAUGUCGUACGUAGCAUCAAACAUCGAUCCGUACCGUAAGGGACAAUCUUUUGCAUCAUGGUUUAAGCGGUUAGGGUACCAUUUUCGUAUCAACAAAGUAGCAGAUGCCGACAAGAAAGACCACAUGUUCCUUCUUGGAGGUGAUUAUCUUUUUGAAGUGGCUCAGAAUUUGUACUUUAGUGAGCGGUUGCUUGAUGAAGCACCACUUGAAGAGCUAAUCGAAAAACUUAAGCGAAAAUUGGACAAAAUGGAUUCAGCGUUAAUCCAACGUUUCAAAUUUGGGUCCCGAGUACAACAACCUGGUGAAACAGCCAGUGAAUUUCUUUUUUCCCUUAAACUCCAAGCUGAGUAUUGUAACUUUAAAGGUGAUAAACAGGAUCGCAUACUUGAUCGAAUUCUCAUUGGCUUGUCGGAUGACGCCUUGAGACAAAAGUUAUUAGCGGAAGAUGGGGACAAAUUGAAUCUCGCUCAAGUUGAGAAAGUUAUUUCUACAUGGGAGUUUGCUGCUUCUAAUGCAAAAACAUUAACACAAAACAAUUCUCUUGAACAAAUCGCUUCUAUUGUUGGAAGUCGUGGUAACCUUUUUCAACGCCUGGCAAAUUUAAAUCAAGGGCAUGGUCCAGUGAAGAGCCGAGUAGGCUACAGACAUUUUCCAGGUGAUGACGAGCGUAUCGCAAAACCCUACAAUAGGUACAACAAUUGCGCGAAUCAUCGUUCGGAGACUGGACGGGUUAGACAAGAGCGGCACCAUGAACAACAAAGGUGGUACCAGGAUGCAGUGGUUCACCCGGUGGAACUCAAAAGCGAUGAGCAACCAGUAAACGACCACCGAGUGUGCUACUAUUGUGGAGUUCGAGGACAUGUUCGCAGGAGGUGCCCGAAGCUGGAACAUUUCAAGAGGAGUCCAAUCAACAACAUCAACUUUGAAAAAACCUGUUCGCAAAAUGACGAUAAUUUGUCGAAUAUGAUGAGUUGUUUGGAAGACAAGAGUGAUGAUUCGGAUCCAGGUGAAUUACAGUGCAUGCAUGUUUCCUCCAUUAACAAAAGUCGUCCAUGUUUACUAGAACUGGCUAUUCAAGGCAUCAAUGUGCAGAUGGAGAUUGAUAGUGGCUCCGACGUUUCCAUGAUUGGUAAGAAGCUAUUUUUGGCUAAAUUCGAUGUUCCACUUGAAAAAAGUUCCAAUAGUUUGAUAGUGGUAAACGGUUCCAGUUUGAAAAUUGCUGGGGAAGUUGUUGUUUCGGUUGUAUUUCGGAAUAUAAAGGCAAAAUUGAAACUUCUAGUAUUGGAUAGUGAUCAUGAUUUUAUUCCUUUAUUUGGGAGAACCUGGUUGGAUGUUUUCUUUCCCAACUGGCGUAAUAGUUUUGAAAAACAAGUAAUUGGAAACAGAAUAAGUAUACACAAGAACAACGAUUUAAUGAUUUAUGUCAAGACUAAAUUGUCUGAUGUUUUCAUUAAAGAUUUUUUGACUCCUAUUAAAGGUAAUGAAGCCGAGUUGGUUUUAAAAAUUGACACACCUAUUUAUAGGAAAGCUAUUGACGUUCCCGAUGCAAUAAGGGAUAAUAGUGCUGAUAUUUGUUUGCGAUUCCCAUUGGAGCAGUCAGUUGCUGAUUUGGAAAAGAUUGUUAGUGCUUGUGAUGCUUCUGCUGUUAUGGCAGAGCAACAAAAACAGUUGAAUAAUUUGAAAUGUACUCCUUCCACAACACUUUUUGAUAGAAUACACCAAGAAUAUUUCUACUAUAAGCAUCACGUUUGUUUAUUGAACGCUGAUAGCUUUUCAAAGUGGAUGGAAGUUGAACGGAGGAAAAAUAAAUAUGAAUGUGAAGAAUUGAUAAAACUACUGUUAGCAUAUUUGGCUAAAUUUGGGUUUCCAGACAGAAUGUCAGGUAAUGGUCCUCUAUUAAAUCCUCAUGAUUUUAAGAAUUUUUUUGAGAGGCAAGGAAUAUGGGUUUUGAUCAGUCACCCAUAUAAUCCCGCUAUGAAUGGCAAGGGGAAGAGACUAGUUCGUAUGGUUAAAGAUUUAAUGAGAAUGUUUCUACAUGACCCAGGAUACUUAAAGGCAAAACUGGAGGAUCUAAUUGGACUAUUUUCAAGAAAUUUUAAAUAUAAUGUGACGAUGGAAGAAUUUAUUUCUUCUCGGAAAGUUUUAAGCUAUAAUCUAAAAUUGUUAAUCUAUAUGGUUAACCUAAUGCGACACAUAAACGAUAGAAAUGUACCAUUAUUUACCUGUGAUAACGGUAGUGAUGAAACAACCACUAGAUCUUACAACGUUAUUGGCAAAAAGCUAAGUAAAGAUGUUUUGGACAGUCUGAUGGCGGGUGACGCAUUAUGGUACAAGAACAGCAAUCAUCCCCAUCAGGCUAAAUGGUUGAAAGCGUAUUUUCUAAAACGAGUUUGUAAAAAUAUUCUACAGAUAACGAUUGGAAAAAGAAAAACAAUCACGGCGCACCGAUGCCAAAUGAAACUCGUUGGCGAUGAGGGCAUACGGAGACGUCGAUCGAUGGUGGCAUAUGUCGAUUCCGAUGUCGAUGAUCCCGAUCCAUUCCCACCACGAGGAACGUGUUACGACGAGGAGCCUGACGAGGAGUUUUCCCGGGGAUUCUCUGGAUGCGAAUUGUGGAGGUUCGAGUCGUCGGUUAAGCCGCAUCGGAAAAGAACAAAUGAUUCGAAUUUGGCGCUCGAUGGCUUGCCAGGGCAUUCGAAAAUAGUGAGUAGGUAUAAUCGCAGGAGUGGAUAUAGUCAAUAUGUUUAUUAUGUUAUUUCCUUCAUUCUAUAUUUAUCCGUAAUGGAUAUUCGAAUAACUGUAAAAAGGGAAGGAUUGAUAUAUACCUUCGAAUGAGUAUUUUUUAUUAUAUGUGUAAUCGCUAUAAAUAUUAUGGUAGCGCUUGGCGAAUGUCAAGCGCUCUCGAAUAAACGAGCCGGCGACUGUCGGCCUCUUUCAACACGAACCACCAAGCGAGUAACAUCUCCUUUUACAACAGCUCCGAAACCCUUCAAGUAUUUAUUAUAAUUUAAUUAACCAAUCGUUC